AUGAAUUCUGAUAAAACUGACAAUAUUGAUAAGUUGAUCCCUGAAAUGUUUGACCAAAUGAGGUCAAAUUUUGAGAGUAAACUGAAUUCUCCAAUACAUAACAGGACUAAGAAUAAUAAAUUGGUAUCGACGAAUAUUUCAACGCAAUCACUGUUAAAGGAAUUGGAGGCUCUGGAUAAAAUUAUUCCAAUGAUCGAAAAUAUUAAUAAGAAUCUAAAAAGCGUCUUACCAUCUCAUAUUACUAAGAUACAAGAGACGUGCAAAACCACAAAUAUGAUACUAGAUUCAUGGAUUAGUAUACAUUCUCAGGCAGGUUAUAUUCACCAAUUAAUGACCAAACAACAGUUGAAUGGUGAUAUUGAUACAAGUACUAUUGAAAAGAGCAAAUCUGAAGUUAAUGAAUUGAAGAAAGUUUACGAAGAGUUACAAAAUAAGAGAGAUAGUGUUGAGAAUAAGAGAUUUAAUAGCAAAGGAACAUUUUCAUUGAAUAAAAGGCCAAAUAACAUUAGAAAAGUUCAAAAGCCUUCCCCUAGAGAACUUCAUCAAAACAAGCUGAGAAAUGCAUAUAGAGAGAGGGCAUCGAAUAUUCCAAACAUUAGUUCGAGAAUCACAAGACCAACAGCUAGCAGCCAAAGGAAGAUGUUCAAAUAA